CACUGUAACAUAGCAUAUAAAACAGCGCUGAUUAGAGUAGACCGGUAGGAGACAAGCAAAUCGUGCCGGCCAGUAAAAUGGUGGCCGAGAUGCAGAAAUCUGCCGGUGCACAAACUGUUAAGGCACUGAAAAAUGUAGCUGCCAGCCUGGUUCUAUUACCCCGUUUUCUGGUUGCGGCGCUCGCGCUAUGGUUUCUAGAUUUUCUGUGCAUAAGAAAGAAGGUGUUUCUUAAAAUGAGGAAUAGCGGUGGGGAACCCGACGAUCCCCCGGUGUGCAUCUCUGAUUCCAAUAGAAUGUUCAGCUUGGAGUCGCUCAAGGCAGUGUGGCACGGUCAGAAACUGGACUUUUUCAAAUCGGCGCAUCUCGGAUACGAUGCGCCCAACACCGAAGUCGUGCAGCUCAAUGAGCAGAAGAGGGUCCGGAUACUUGACUACGCAAAAGGAAAGAGACCACUGAUCCUGAACUUUGGGAGUUGCUCCUGACCGCCGUUCAUGACACGUCUGACGGCAUUCCAGCGGGUGGUCACCCAAUACGCUGAUAUCGCAGACUCUCUUCUUGUGUACAUCGAGGAAGCGCAUCCGUCGGACGGAUGGGCUAGCUCUGAUGCUCCGUACCAGAUCCCGAAACACCGAUGUCUCGACGACAGACUGAAUGCAGCUCAGCUGUUGAACCUGGAGGUUCCCGGAUGCCUCGUAGUCGCUGACACCAUGGAGAACUCGUCGAACGCCGCUUACGGGGCGUAUUUUGAGAGACUUUACAUACUCAAAGACGAGAAGGUUGUAUAUCAGGGCGGCAGAGGUCCGGAGGGUUAUAGCAUUUCUGAUCUUAGGACCUGGCUUGAUCAAUACAGGAACAGUCUGGAGAACUCCAUAACCGUGGUGAUUCACGUGUAGCCCAAUUUAGUAGCACUCAGCCAGUCACGACGAAUAAGCUGCCCGAAUUUUGUUUUUGCUUCAUCGUCAGAACUUAAGUUGAGAUACGAGUUAUCCAAUGUACAUUGUCAAUAUGCGUUGUGGCCAUUGUUAUGUGUGUCUGUGUACUUACAUGAAAGUAGUGAGCGUUUCACUGUUUGCAUGUCUGUUACCACCUAAUCUGCUCUAGUGUUGUUGUGAAGUUCAGUUUUUCAAGGGUUAAAUAACCAGAAAACUGAUACUGAUGUAAUUUGACACUAGAGCAGUCGGUGAUAAAUAUCUACCAUAAUCAAUGGCAAAACGUUAUUUUGUAAAGUAUGCAUACUUUAUAUCGAAGAUCAUUUUAUAAUAAAAUGUAAUACACAUUUA